UCGGACGGUUCUGAGCCUGCGACCUCGCAGGACCCUGAGGCAGUCGCUGAGAGGCGAUCGCGGGCUCAAGACCAGGAGAGAGCGAGCUCACCACGCGCAGCGCCAUGACCAGCCAGAGUCUCGAAGGCGAGCACCCGUCCGUGACUCUCUUCCGGCAGUACCUGCGCAUCCGCACCGUCCAGCCGGAGCCUGACUAUGGGGCUGCCAUUGCCUUCCUUGAGGAGAGAGCCCACCAGCUGGGCCUGAGCUGUCAGAAAGUGGAGGUGGCACCUGGCUAUGUGGUGACUGUGCUGACCUGGCCAGGCACCAACCCCACACUCUCCUCCCUUUUGCUCAACUCGCACACGGAUGUUGUGCCUGUCUUCAAGGAACAUUGGAAUCAUGACCCCUUUGAGGCCUUCAAGGAUCCCGAGGGCUACAUCUAUGCCAGGGGCGCACAAGACAUGAAGUGUGUCAGCAUCCAGUACCUGGAGGCUGUGAGGAGGCUGAAGGCUGAGGGCCACCGUUUCCCCAGAACCAUCCACAUGACUUUUGUGCCUGAUGAGGAGGUUGGGGGUCACCAAGGCAUGGAGCUGUUUGUGCAGCGGCCUGAGUUCCAGGCCCUGAGGGCUGGCUUCGCCCUGGAUGAGGGCCUGGCCAACCCCACCAAAGCCUUCACUGUCUUUUAUAGUGAGCGGAGCCCCUGGUGGGUGCGGGUCACCAGCACUGGGAGGCCAGGCCAUGGCUCACGCUUCAUUGAGGACACAGCAGCAGAGAAGCUGCACAAAGUUGUGAGCUCGAUCCUGGCAUUCCGGGAGAAGGAAAGGCAGAGGCUGCAGUCAAACCCCCACCUGAAGGAGGGGGCUGUGACCUCCGUGAACCUGACUAAACUAGAGGGUGGUGUGGCCUAUAACGUGGUACCUGCCACUAUGAGCGCCAGUUUUGACUUCCGAGUAGCACCGGAUGUGGACCUGAAGGCUUUCGAGGAGCAGCUGCAGGAUUGGUGCCAGGCAGCUGGCGAGGGUGUCACCUUUGAGUUUGCUCAGAAGUGGACAGAGCCCCAAGUGACACCUACUGAUAACUCAGACCCCUGGUGGGCAGCUUUUAGCCAGGUCUGCAAAGACAUGAACCUCACUCUGGAACUGGAGGUCUUUCCUGCUGCUACCGACAGCCGUUAUCUCCGCGCGGUGGGGGUCCCGGCUCUGGGUUUCUCGCCCAUGAACCACACACCUGUGCUGCUGCAUGACCAUGAUGAGCGACUGCACGAAGCUGUGUUCCUCCGUGGGGUCGACAUAUACACACGUCUGCUGCCUGCCUUGGCCAGCGUACCUGCCCUGCCCAGUGACAACUAAGCUCCUGGACUCCCCAGCCCCUGCCCCUGGAGUUUCCAUCCCAAACAGUGCCAUGGACCUCCUCUUCCCCCUGCCCAAUAAUAAAGUCUGAGUGUGGCAAGGGGCUAACAGGGAGGA